UCACCACACCCAGCUCUACCUUGCGAGCGCAUUCACAUUCUUGAGCUGUUCUAGCUUUGCUCCUUGCCAUUGCAUUGCGUUGCGAGCUUUCAACCUCGAAAGAGUCCUGCUCCAUUGCUUGUCACUCCAAGGCGCAAAGACCAUGGGCGGCAUGCUGUUGCCCGCUGCUUCCUCGCCUCCCCUGUCGCGGGUGGCGACCUCCAGCGCCCACGGCGAGGACUCCCCCUACUUCGCCGGGUGGAGGGCCUACGACGACGACCCCUACGACGCCGUCACCAACCCCGGCGGCGUCAUCCAGAUGGGCCUCGCGGAGAACCAGGUCUCCUUCGACCUCCUGGAGGGGUUCCUCAGGGAGCACCCGGAGGCGGCCGGGUGGGGCGGCGCCCGCCCCGGCUCCGGCGUCGCCAGCUUCCGGGACAACGCCCUCUUCCAGGACUACCACGGCCUCAAAACCUUCCGGAAGGCGAUGGCGAGUUUCAUGGAGAAGAUAAGGGGCGGAAAGGUGAGGUUUGACCCUGACCGCAUCGUGCUCACCGCCGGCGCGACGGCGGCCAACGAGCUGCUCACGUUCAUCCUCGCCAACCCGGGAGACGCGCUGCUCAUCCCUACGCCGUACUACCCGGGGUUUGAUCGGGACUUGCGGUGGAGGACGGGGGUGAACAUCGUGCCCGUGCACUGCCACAGCUCCAACGGCUUCCAGGUCACGGUCGCCGCGCUCGAGGCGGCGUACGAGGAGUCCGCGGCGGCGGGGGUGAGCGUCCGCGGCGUCCUUCUCACGAACCCGUCCAACCCGCUCGGCACGACGGUGGAGCGGUCGGCGCUGGAGGACGUCCUCGACUUCGUCGUGCGCAAGAACAUCCACCUCAUCUCCGACGAGAUAUACUCCGGCUCCGUGUUCGCCGCGCCGGACCUCGUCAGCGUGGCGGAGCUCGUCGAGUCGCGCGGCGACGACGGCGCCGGGCGCGUGCACAUCGUGUACAGCCCCUCCCAGGACCUUGGGCCCCCCGGG